CCGCUCCUGGUGCUGUGGCGGGAAGUCCCUGGCACGCGGUGGGGGGCGAGAAUUUGAACGGAAAUUUAACGGCCAGGCCGGGACGUAAGGAGGCUGAGUGAUCAAUACCAGGAGAAGGGGAAAAAAAAGUAAUAAACCGUGUUAAACUCUAACGGGAAGGAUCUUCCUGGAGUUUUCCCUCCGAUUUCAGAAUCUCCUCGAAUAUUAGAAGAAAGGACGGAGGAUUCCGAAAUGUCGGAGCGGCUGGUCCUCGGUCUCCUGGCCGUCUGGGUGGCCCGGGUAACGGGUGACUGUGGCACACCUCCACGUUUGAAUAACGGUUCACCAACUGAUGCAUUUCUUGGUUUGAGCUCAUUUCCUUUGGGUACCAAGGUUACUUACAGAUGUUAUCCAGGUUAUACAUUCACCUCAGGAAGUAGAAGAUUUUCUACUUGUAACGCAGAUUCAACCUGGACAACAUUAAGGAGCACUUGUGAAAAACUAAUUUGUGGUAAUCCAGGGGAGAUUCUGAAUGGAUAUUAUGAAGCGUCUGAUGUAACUUUUGGAAGCCAAGCUAUGUUUUAUUGUGACCCUGGAAUUGAAGUGGGAGAGUGCAGAUGAAAACCAAUACCAAAGGUUGAAGAUCCUUAUGUUCUAGAGAUUCUACCAAUACUAGAAUGAUUGAUUGUGAAAUGUAACAUGCUGAAAAACAGUAAUGGGAAUUUCAAGGCUUGAUUAACCAGUGAACGUUUCCUUCUAACACAAGCAGCAUGCAAACUUCAUACUCUUGUAUUAUUGCAUCAUUUAAAUUGUACCAAUGUGCAUUGCAGUGUAUAUUUCUUUGAACAGUAUAAUCAUUCUUCAAAUGGAAUGUUGUAUUUUGUUUUAUUGCUCAAAUCCCUGAAAGGCAUUAUACCAUUAAGACAGCUAGAUCUCUCUGUUCAAUCAGUAGUCUGUUAAAGAAGCAAGCAGACAACCAGACUACUGUUCAGUCUGUUAGUC